CGUAUGGAGUGUUGCGAGUAUCAUGGCGCUGCCUCUGAUGGAAGAUAGCGGGCAGAGGAGCGCCAUAGCUAAAAGGCGCCAGCAGCUAGAACGUUGGGAUGGCUCGGAAACGAAUAAGGAAUAUUCAGCAAUCAGAAAGGGUAGUUCGCGUGUAAAAUUUCCAGAGGAUUGUGUGUUUUUAGCGGCAUGUUCUCAAGGAGACAAAUCGGAAGUAAAAAGAUUACUCGACCUCGGUGCAAACAUCAACACUGGCAAUGUCGACGGGCUCACAGCCCUGCACCAGGCAUGCAUCGAUGGAAAGUUGGAUAUGGUUGAAUUUCUCACAGACAAUGGUGCUUAUUUGGAUGUAGCUGACAAUGAGGGCUGGACUCCUCUUCAUGCUACGUCAAACUGUGGAUAUCUUGAAAUUGCACAGUAUUUGUUGGAACAUGGAGCAAAUGUUGUGGCGGUCAACAAUGACGGCGAGCUGCCUGUCGACAUCACCGACGAAGAUGACAUGCGAGAAGCAUUACAGGCAGCCAUGGAUCAUCUUGGAAUCGAUCCCGAACUUGCCCGACGAGAAGAAGAAGAGACAAUGUUAGCCGAUGCCAACCAAUGGUUGAAAACAAAAGUAAUCAGGGAAAGUCCACACCCGAAGACAGGGGCGACAGCCUUACAUGUAGCAGCUGCCAAGGGAUAUAUAAAAGUCAUGAAUUUAUUAUUUCAAGCGGGGGUAGAUCCUGAUCUACGAGAUGUGGACGGCUGGACGGCUCUCCAUGCUGCGGCGCACUGGGGUCAAGAUGAAUCGUGCCGGCUCCUAGUUGAACAAUUAUGUAGUAUGGAACUAAAAACGAACGGGGGCCAAACUGUAUAUGACGUGGCAGCUCCAGAACUAGGAGAUCUCCUUCAUGAACUCAAAGAGAAGCAGGCAACACUCAGGACAAAACAACAAGAAAACAUAGAUUUAAUACAAAACAGAACACAUCCACCUUUAAAACGAAGGCUGAGCGACCCCAUUGGACAGAACACAUUCCUAGUUCUGUCCUGCUUAGAGCAACGGACAAGAAGCGAGAGCAUACCGCGUGACAAAGACACCUCUCGGUACCGGAGUUCUGUGACUCGGAUGAGCAACGACCAGAAGCAGAACAUUGUAUUAAAGAAUGUAGAGGAGGAACGGGCCCAGCUGGAGGCUAAAAAGAACACAUCACCGAGCUCAAGUUCUAGUAGCGCAGAGGAGGAGGAGGAGGAAGAGGAGUCUGACUCAGAAACAGAAAAACAGAAUGAAAUUAACAAGAAGACUGCUGUGGAUACUGCCAAAAAGGACGCUAGUGUGGUCGAGCAUAAGAAACCUGCUAAUAUCAACAUGCCAAAAAUCGAGGAGAAUGCAGAGGUGACGCCGCCCUCGACGCCUCGGAUAAAAGACUUUGUGGAGACGACAACACUCCCGGAAAAAGAGGUCCCAAAACCAGGUGUCAACGAUGUGAAAAAGGAGACCGAGAGAUCAAGGGAAGUCGAAAAACCAGAAGAGGUGGAAGCUGAAAAACCAAAAGAAGUUGAAAAACCAAAAGAGGUUGAGAAACCAAAAGAAGUUGAGAAACCAAAAGAGGUGGAAAAACCAAAAGAGGUGGAAAAACCAAAAGAAGUGGAAAAACCAAAAGAAGUGGAAAAACCAAAAGAAGUUGAGGAACCAUUAGAAGUAGAGAAACCAAAAGAUAUGGAACCAGAUGUAAUUGAAGAAACCAAGAAAGAGGAAACGCCAAAAGAACCUGUGUUCGAAAAUAAUAAAGUGCCAAGUCAUAUUAAACAACUCCCCAAUGCUGCUAAAGUCAACAUAGAGGACGGGCCAGCGGGUUGGCGCUCUGGUCUCAGAAAGACCAGUAGCACGCAACAGGUGCCGGAUAGUACCGGGGUCCGCGACAACCGCCUUCAUCGGUCAUUAUCUAGCCCGUUUUUGGGCGCGAAAAAAGAAGAACGUCUUCCUAGUCGACGGCCACUGCUCAGUACCUCUGAUGCCUCCGCUGUGGACAACGCACCGAAUGAGCGUAGAAGGAUAACCACCCCUCACACCAGCUAUCUAGCUAACGCCACAAGUAGUACGGCUGCCUCAAGCAUAACAACCACCCUGGCGAAUAGGUUCCAACAGUCUUCUUACAUGCCCUAUUCACGCAGGAGACACUUCGAUGGCGGAAAUGACCUCACGACCUCGACCGUUACCACGACGACAACGUCCAUAACGAGCAUAAGCGUGACGAGUACCGCUACACCAACAGUCAACUCCAUCACUAUGAGAGGAAGCAAUAGGGCCCAAUUCACGCCUCCCAAACGGGACGAAGAAGCUGAAUCACAGCGUAAGGCAAAAGCCAAGCAUGCCAGGCAAACGAGAAGAUCCACCCAGGGUGUCACCAUGGAGGAUCUUGAGAAAGCAGAGCAGUCUUUGGCGGCGAGCACUGAUCGCAGGUCCCGUAUCACGGACGACAAAAAUCGAUUGGACGACAAUCGGAGUGAUAAAGAAAAUAAGCCAGACGACACUUGGCGGCGCUCAACUACAGAAGAUAAGAAAGACGAGAACAACACUCGGGGUAGUUUUCGAUCCAGGCACAACAGAGACAUUACUUCAGAUUACUCAUCAUCGAGGAUACGUCCGCCUUCAUCGACAGCAUCCGACACGAAUACGACAGGGUCAACGUUAUCUCACAGGCAGUCGUAUCGGGAGAGAUUGCUGGAAGAACGCAAAGCUGUCGAAGAAGAAAAGAAAGAAGAAUCAAAAGACAAAGAUCAAGAAAAAGAUGAGAAGUCCACUGUAAUAACCCGGCGCCAAAGACGCGAGCGCCGGCGCCCAACGGGCAAAGUAAGUUUGCAAGAUCUUUUCGACGACGAUGACAAUAAAGAAGAGAAGAAGGAAACUGACGACAAGGCACCCGACACAUCCCGAAGCUCUAAAUAUGGUUUAAACUAUGAUUACAGCAGUGGUAGAGAUAGACAGACUAGUCCUUAUUACUCUAGGCCUACUACUUCAACAGCUACGGACAACAAAGAUUUUAAGAAGUUGUAUGAAGACGAAAAGCAAGAAAAUGACCGACUCAGAGGAGACCUACAAAAAGCUCAAGCAGAAAUUGGUGAUCAGAAACAAAAAAUUGACGAGUUGAAAAAGGAGAGACGAACUUUAGAACGAAAGAUGUCCGAGCGAGAAGAAGAAUUAAAGCAACUUGAAAAAUUGAAAGCAGAUAAUUAUAAACUAAAAGAUGAAAAUCGAGCUCUAACACGAGUCGUAGCCAAACUGUCCAGAUAGGCAAUGGACUCGUUGAAGGCCGAGAUCACCAGAUUAAAAGAAGAAAACGGCGCCCUCAUUCGAGUUAUUAGUAAAUUAUCUAAAUAGACCUGUUGUAAAGUAUAAACCUGUACAUCUAGCUGUGCAUCUGUGAGUUCCAGCGACAAGGAAUGAGAGAGUCGAAUACGGCCCGUCAUUCGUCGGGCAUCGCCGGUGCUAGUUACGUCCUGAUUAGUCCGGGUGCGAAGUCGAGUCUUCCAUACUCUUCUUGGUAGUUGUCACCGCCUACAGGAGCGCUGAGGAACUGACACCACACGAUCAGAAUGGAUAUAGGUCAUAUAUUGACUGGUCUGUGUUGGUUUGUAGUUGUUGUGUUGUGUGGGAGAACAGGUGAUGCCAGAGACUUUGAUUUGGACUUUUCCACUUCAUGAGUUUAGUCCUGAUUUGGUAUCUUGGACAGAAUCACUGGUUGUGCCAGGAAUUAGCAACCAGAUGGUUGCCCAGACUUUAACGUUUUCUUAGCAACUGUAGCCAAGGAUCACCUAGUGACAGUUACGUUGCCAUGUCGACUAAAUCUUUAUACGUCGACUUGAGACGUAACCCAAUGAUUACGAACUAGCAUAUUAGUUUUGGAACUUUGUUUACAUGGACAUAUUUUGAUCACCUGGCAACAUGAUUCAGUCACCAUGGUUACUAUUCAUUUCCUUGGCAACGAUGUUGACUUCCUUAGCAACCAUGUGGAUUCCCAUGGCAACACACAAUGCCUAGUGACUAGAUACUUCCUCUGCUGCCCCUGUCCCUUGCCCACAGUGUGCAAUACUUAGAUAUAGAAUUUGUCGUAAAAAAAAGCUUGAAAAUUAAUUAUAUCAUUUGCUGUAAACAGUCAUCUUGGCAAGUCAUAAUAAAAAAUGAGUCUUAAUCAAAUCGGCGUCUCUUCUGAUUUUGUCAGAAACUUAUUGCAUUUCAAAACCAACCCUCGCUACCUCGAAACCAACUAAAAAUAACCAAUUUGGAUUGUUUUGUUGUUAAAUCCAAAUUUCCUCGAAGUACAGGUCCAGAUGAAACUGUGUAAGAUAUCUACACUCUUUUCUAAAAUGUUUGGCCUUCCUUUUUGAAGAAGAAAAAUAUAUCAGUAAAAAAAUUGGAUUUUCAUCAAAUUUCAAAUUUCUGUCAGAUUGAUAGAAAAAAAUACAUGUAAUUGUAAAGAAAUUCUUGAGUUUGUCAAAACAUUUGAUCUGGCCUGUACUUUAUUAAUGUCAUUGUUCCCAAUGCACCAAUGGCAUGCCAGACUCAUUUUCCAGUUGGUUAUUCCUUGCCUUGCAUGAUGAUUUUGUUGCCUUUGCCAACCAUGUUUAUAAUUCCUUGUUCAGUUGUCUGUUUGGAUCAUGGUCUCGUUUAAUCUGAAAUGUAAUUGACAUUAAUGUCGCUCUUUGUUGCUUUAAUUAUUGGGCUAAAAGUUAUAAGGGCUAAAAUUAUGGCCGAGGAAAUAAACUUGUGAAACUGUUUUCUACAAAGGGAGGAUGUAGUUAACAAAGCACACAGACAACAAUGUGAUUUUGAAAAUGCUCUUCCUUAACUUGCAAAGAGCAAAAGUAGUUCAUGAGUUAUACUUAUUCAAGAAAUACAAGCUGUGUAUAUAAACGUAUAUUAAGAUAUGUUGUAUGUUACCAAAGUGGUUAAUCUGUUUUUUGUCGAUAUAUUCAGAGUUUGGUUUGCGCGGAAACUCAUCGACAGAUAAUACAUGCCUGAACAGACAACUAGACCCCAAUGCUUUAUUGCUUGAUUCAUGAUGUAAGGUGAUCUUGAGUUCGAGUGAUGGUGUCCACUGCUGGAUGAAAUAAUGACUGGCACACGAGCCGCAGUUUUUGCCACGCGACCUGUUGCAGCAAAACUGUCGAAGUGUGGGACUGGCAAGUCUGGGUUGUGACAUUAAAACCACAUGCCUUGAGUGAUAGCUAGAGUUCAUUGGCCAGUAUUUGAUAUUUUAUCUACAGGCAAAGUUCACAAUCGGUGGUUCUGUGGCAAUCCUGGAUUGAGCCCAAUGAAAGCCAGUAUGCUUUUGGGAAAUUUUCAAAAUGUUCGCCCUUUGUUGGGUUUCGGGGAAAAAUAAGGUACUUCUGAGCUCUCAAUCUCAUUAGAGAUUCAGAUUUUACCUCCAUUUUGACAAAUCAAAGAAAACAAUUGACUUAUACCUUGGGGUAAGAUUUCAGCAAUGCCAAUUUGGAAUUGUUGAGAAAUGCCAAUUGACUUUAACAAUUGGGUAGUUUGGACGACAAAAAUUGACAUCUAAGUGGACUCCAUCACCCUAAUCUGCUUUGGACUGCACACUGUGGGCAGGUGCCCCUUCUGAGCUCGCCAAUCCAUUUGUAUAUUCUUAUCUAAAAGCAUACAAUAUAAGCUAAGAUAUUAUCGUUACCGUAACUCUUUGAUGGCUGCUUUCAAUAAAUUGUUUCAAAUUUGAAAACCGAACAAAUCAGCGAUGUCUACACUAAACAUGCUAAUUGAAUUAACAGAAUAUCUGUUAUGAGAUUUAAAAUAUAAUUUCUUUUGCUGGAAUUUAAGGCAAGGAAUUUUGAGAAUGAGUUGCAGAAAACAACUGAAAUACUGAAGUAGGUUUUCCCCCACGUGACAACUCCAGCAGUUACCAGCUGUUACAAAGCUUUUCCUUUGCCAGUGUUGUAGGUGACAAUUGCUACAAAACUUUUUGUGCUGUAGAUCGUUUUAGCCAUCAAAGAGUUAAGGGUACUAUUCUUGAUGUUACCAUGACUUCAGUGUUGAGUUGACAAACCCUAUGUUGUCCCAAUUUAUUGCUGGAUGUAUACUUUCGUUUUCUUUCUGGAGGUCCGGUGUAGAUUCUGAUCAAUUCAGCUGGCAUGUUCCCCUCAUCUGUUUAGAACUUUAGAGACAAAAUUUGAGGACUUAAAAAUCCUCCUUGGUCUAGGUCAAAGGAUCGAGAGAACUUCCUACGAUAUUUGAAAUACUUGACUACCUUUGUAGUUUGGCAAGGCGAGUUUAGAUUUAUGUGAAGGUUGGAGUGAAUUCAGAUUUACAGUGUCGCUAUGGCCUAUCACAUCUGCCUAACAAUCUAAUAGCAGGUCCCAGGUUCAUGGCCCGGGGCCGGACCAUCAGGCUAAAAACCCAGCUUCUUUACGUCCCUCCAAUGGGGACCGUAAGCUGUGGUCUGUUGUAUCUGGUAUCUGUCCGAUCCUGUUCGGAUGGACUGUAGCCUAAAGUUGACUCGUACUUCAAUAUGCUCAGGGGCCAACAGGCUAAGGCCUUGGACCUUUACUGAUAACCAUAACCAACAUUUGGUGAUAACCAUAACCAACAUGUGGACUCAGUUUCUUUGCAGUUAUCACAUGCUCUAUUUGAUUUCUCAUGAGAUAAGAGACUAUUUAAGAAGCUAUCCAAAGGCAAAAUUGGAUAUUUCAUCCAAGUGCUCUCAAUUCUGUGGCUUGUAAACAAUGGAAAAAAACCAUUGGGAGAAUCUUGUACUAUUUGCGUCGAAAAAAGGUUUGAAAAUAAAAAAUAUUUUCGUUCAACUGGACUAGUGGAAGAAUGUUGUCGAGGAAUCUGUAAGUAGAUCCAUUACAAUUAGGUGCUGAAUUCAAGUUUCAUGACUUUGUUUAUAUUUUCAAAAUGUCAGCGUUUCUCUCUGAAUGAGCUUAAACCACCACCUGGGGUGAAAUGGGCUGAAGUAAACAGGUCACCUUUUCACAGGUUGAGCAGCACUGUGAGAGAGGUUAUCCGAGCUCACAUGCCAAAAACCUUUAAUCAAAAACUUCAAUUCUUUCAACCUCAGAUUUGAGCAGACGGCAUACUUUUUCCUGCAGAUGACAUAUUUUCUCGACAGCUGAAGUGUUGAUGGGACUUUGUUUGAAGAGAAGUUUAUUUUAUUAACAGUUUUAACAAUGUCUUCAAAGUUUGUUCCAAAUAUUUUUGUCGACUUAGCAGUGAUGAAGCUAAGAUUGAUCGUGGGGUUGAAAUUUGUCGAUUCUCCCAUCGUGUUUCUUUCUGAUCCAGAAUCUACACUGGUCACCUCCAAGAUGUCCGCUUUCUCAUUUAUCCAAAUUUUGGCAUUGUGUCUUGUUCCAUUCACUGCUAUUUAUAUUUCUCAUAACCACCUCGCCUUAACAAUGCCGAGAUUGUAUUGCAAAUGUCUAGACGAGCCUAGUAAUUUCUUUGAAAAAGGACAUCUUGCCCAAGCAAGUUAAAAAUCCUAACCGGAACAGACUGUACUCUUGAGAUAGCUCUGAGGUGCUAUGCGAUCUCAUAGCCUUGUGUGUCAAGAUGCUUCAAACAUAGUAUGAAGUUGUUACAAAAGGUAAAAUGGUACAAUUAUAACCCUUAUGGUGUUGAAAACAGCUGACAGUACAGAAUAAUGCACAUGGAGGCUAUCAUUGUACCACCUUACUGUACUACAUGGAAGAACUGCAGGAAUGGCUGCCUCCACUGGGCGAUACUGGCCUUGACUUCAACAAAGGAAAAAGGGUAUAUUCUUUGGGAGAUGUCGUCUAAGGAUACCACGAGAUGUUUGGAAGUAGCUGAUAACAUAGCUUAAUGUUGCUAUCAAAAAAAUGCAGACAUGCGAUUUCAUUUGCCUGGGUAUGGACUUGUGCUUUGAUGUUCUCUGUGGUCAUUUGAAGAUGCACCAUCGUCAUUUCCUCCCCGACAUUGGCGGUGUUCUACUCCACAGGAAUGGACGAAGAUGACCUUGUAAAGUUGUUGCCUAUGCAUCUGAAGAACAUCUCACGUCGUGUUUAGAGUACUCCUAUUAAUGGAAUUUCAGAAUUUAGUUGCCAAGCUUUUCAGAGGUUUCGAAACCAUGGAAUAGGAAGGGAUGCACAAGUUCCCUUGUCUUAUGUUUGCGCCAUUGUAUCUUCCUCAUAACUUUUGAGCAAUUGGCGCUAACCAUUUUGCUACGAUGAACCAGUUUUUGUGGUCAUGUGUAUCAUGACUCCCGGGUUCUACUGCCCAAGGUUCGGCAAUGACAUCACUUAUUGCAUUGAUGUCGUAAGACUGCGUAACAUGUCUAAUGUACAAACGUGUCGUAGCGGAGUGGUUUACCUUUUGUGCAGUAUCUUCUGCCGAAAAACCAACUCUAAACUUGUCUUGUGGUGGAGUUAUUGCAGUGAAUGGAACAAGAAUACCUCAAUGCUGUGAAGGAAAGUUAUCAUUUCCUUUGUGGAUAUACACAAUUACCUGUAAAAGCCUCCCCCCUGCAUUCGUAUUGCCUGAAGUUGGUUUCUUGAACUUGACCCAAUAUAAUAUGCCCCCUCCUUCAAGUUUGCGUUCAAGUUAUUAUCACUAUGCUCCUCAUUAUCAUUAUUUAUGUUUGUUUUUCGAGGUUUCGUUGCAGAGAUAUAAUAGGCAGUGUCCAUUUUGUGAAGAUUGUCAGUAGCUCUGCUCUAUCCUUGUCUUGAGAUGCGACCUUCGGGAUCAUCUGUGCCUUGUCAGUGUCAUCCGAAACUGAACUUCAAAAACAAAUCGUUGGUAACAAAUGGUCGUAUUACACUGGGCAAUUAUUCAUCUGAAGUCGAAUGUUUUCGGGUACGUUUCUGAUGACUCCAUGAGGUACUCUUGGCUCCCGAAGGGACUUCCAAGUCCGCUUACUUACUUAUGCCCUUCGCUCGUCUGAGAGUUUGGACAGGUUUAUUUCAUGUUAACUCAGUGCAAUUAUAAUGGUCUGUCUUGUCUGCUGAGACCCUUCGCUUGGACCUGCUGUCCACUUUCGUAAAUUCUCGGGCUUGACUUUGUGCAUUUUCUGUAGAUGUUAAUAGUGGACCUCGCCAGUGCUAGCGGAAAGAAAUAGCGGUGAUCGGUUUCGUGAGCUUGUGCGUAUUUUAUGUAAAUGUUAUAGCAAUGCAUGCGACAUUUUUGAUAAGUGUAGUCCCCGUAGUUGGUGGUAUUAAUAGAUAUGUUGUAAAAUGUGGCCGCGACGUUGUAUGGCCUUCGCAGUGCAUCAGCCGGCCGCGUUCCUAUAUGUAUUGUCUGGUGUAUGCCUUAACGGCUGCACUAUCUUGUGUGUUAAAUCGGGCUGUUAACAAAGUGUGACUUAAUUUCAAUUAAAGGACCGACUUGACAAUUCACUGCCAUUUCACAAAAAAUGGUGUUCUGCCUUUUGGUUUGAUUCACCUUGACACCCCCACUUUCUGAAGUGGACUGUUCUGAUGCGUUAACUGGAAUAGUCCAUACAGGUAAAUUGGGGUGUAAAGGUUGAUGAAAUAAGAGGCAUUUGAGCAAAAGUGGCAGUGAAUUCUCAAGUCGUCCCAAUUAAGUCUUGCGUAUAGAUUCAAGUUUUUUACAUUAAUGAGUAACAGACAGACUUCCUCGUGAACCGACUUUGUUUUAUGGAUUUGGAUUCGAAUCUGUACGUAACCGUGUAAACCAUACGUCGGUCUGUAUGUUACGAUUUGUGGCUUUCCUUUUGUACAAUCGUUACGUUAACUCUAUAGCUUCCUAUGGCUUGGAACUUAUUAAUACUGUAGAUUAUAGAUUGUUCCUCAACAACGUGCAUUUGAUAUGUUUCUAUUGGGAGUCGGCGAGACGUGACGUGCUGUUCGGGCGUUCUUGUAAGCAUUAUCUGAAAGUUAUCUUUAUCUCUGGAAGCUGAGUCGCCAUCCAAUCUCCAGGUUCAUGGAUAAAGUGAAGACGGUUUCGUCUGUUGUCGAGUUCUCGAGUUUUUACAGCUGGAGAUUCUCUCUGUCUCUGUCAGAUCGAAGCACAUGCCUUAAAAAUGGGAGGCAUACAUGAAAUGUCCUAAACUUUUCACCCGCAUUUCCUUGAUAAACCCUUCUGGUCAAUGCAUUAGAGGAGUCCAUUCUGGAAAACGGGGGUGUAUGGUUAAUAGGUUCUAUCUUCCCUGAUGAGAGAAAAAUGAGACGGACUUCUGUUCCUUUUUGGAAUGGGAGUUGGUCUCUGUACACUGAGGGCUAAUAAAAUGAAGUUGCCUUUGUUCAUAGUUGAGACCACGCAGACCAUACCGUCCAGGGCUGGUCAGUGAAAGCUACCGCUGCAAGGUUAGUUAGUAUCGGCAUUGGCACUUUUGCUCUUGCUGAAAUUUGUGGACGUUAAACUUGGGCAGCGCAUGAUGCGGACUGACAGAGAUGGUACCCAUGAUCGCGAGGAUUUUGGAUGAGCGAGUGCUGCGUUUGGAACAUGAGUAUCUGUUUCACCAAAACAACUAAAUCAUCCACCACAAACAGUGGCAGUUAUUGUUGUGUUCCAAGAAAUAUUUAUUGUUGAAUUUAUAAUGCUUACAUGAUUUUGUAUAUACUGACUUUUGGUGAAUUUUUAUAUUUUUGAUACACUUUUUCAAUUCGGGUCUCAACAAUGACUCGGGUCUGUAUAUUUUGUAUAAUAGAACGUAGUGCUGUACAAAACUUAGGCGUAAGGUUGCUUUGAAAAAGUCAAGUAGAUUUUGCUAAUUACACACUCUAUAUGUUAGGAGGCUAGCUAUUAGUUCAAAGAGUGAGAUUGACGAAGCGUGAACGUUAAAAAUGGACUUUGGUACAUUUGUCGUGAUGGUCGAUGCGAUAUGUGCCAACCGUUGAGAGGUGUCUGUAUGAUUGUGUUUUUGGGUUGCCUGUGUGAAACGCCGAUUAUGAGAUUCUAAGGUGAACCUAUGGGUGACAUUAUCUGUAGGGAUUCCUUGUAAUCUAAUAUCUGUUGACGUUUUACGGGUCGACAUGAGUGAAUUAUGGUCUCACAACCCCAGAUGGGUUAUCCACACCAUCUUGAGCAUUUCAGAUAUUUAAAUUUAAACAUGUACAUUAUGAGAUGCUAUUUAUACUAUCGUACUCUGUAUUUUAAGGGGCAUGUACAUUUUAUGGGUGCGAAAUAUGAAUGGUGGUUACCCGAUUUUGUGGAAAUCAAUGUGCGUUGUGUCGUAGUUGAAUUUAGUGCUUUUAUACUGUACCGCAGCAUUUGUAUAUUAGUUUAACUAGCUGUUAUGAGAGGUCGCUGUGCAUCAGUGCUCUUUCGUGUAUCGUCUAGGCGAUGACUCAACGAUGGGCGGGAAUCUCGGUGUACGCAGGUGUUCUGCCGCCAUUUUCUAACCAUGGUCGCAGUUCUCGUUUAUUUUGAUUUCCGAUCGUAUGCCCCCUUGGGUGACACGCUGGAUCCAAGGCUUGCAUCGCGAUUCUGUUUUUACUAGCUUUUUAGGCGCUUCCUAUUUUAAAUCAAUUGGCCAGUUUGUACCGUCGCUCGCGGGCGGAUCAUGUGAUGAGACCCUGCGCGAUCGUACAAAUGGCGGACAAAUUCCAAUGAAGGAUACAGUGCUUGUCGCUGUGGGGACUUCCGUGUCAUUGUUUCGUUUAAGUCUUGAUUUUUAUGCAUCAGUUGCUUCCUGCUGGUGAUUGCACGGCAGUGCUGCGCUCUAUAACCCUCUGGUUUGGGCGCACAUUUGCCUUGAUCGUCGACAUAGCCUCCUCUUAAGUGACACGUUGGACUUGAGGCUUGCAUACUUUGCACGCUUGACGACAUGCUGACAUGGACUUCGGUCGCAGUGUGUUUGAUUUACGGUGUGGCAGUUCGUAUUUUUUUUGUGGACAUGCACCAGUUGUGCCUGCAGGCUAUUUAGCUGAGAUGUCUGUCACCAUUGCGUUGCGGCAAAGACCUUCACCUCACCUGAAUUCUGGCAGACCGCCUCCCCGCGUGACACGUUGGACGCAGGGCUUGCAUCUCCGCUAUCAAAUGCGGCUGCGGACAGGUCCCAGGUUUACCUGGGACGGAAGGCUCAUCUUAUCAUUAUCAUCAUAUAUUGUCUUUGUCCUGUAGAUGCUUGGGUCUGAUUUCGCUGGUCAGUGUGCACCAGUGCCCAAUCAGUGUUUGACUUGGCCAGAUGUCUCUCUCGCUUGGGGCGAGGGCGUAUUUCUUCCUGAUUUAAUGCUUGUUUGCGGUCUCCUUGGGUGACACGCUGGAUCCGAGGCUUGUAUUCUGACUCCCGGGUCGGACCCUUUGUAUUUCUGGCCCGUGGUUCUGCUCCACUCAUUCAUGGUCGGGAGAGAUCCUACUCGAGGAGCCACGGGCAUCUUCAGCUGUCACAUCACAAAUUCACGAUGAUUGUUCACAAGAGAGAAGACACGAGUGUAGCGUUGAGAGAACGAGCUGACGUCAUCCUCUGAAUUUGUGUGUGACUAGCAAAUUCUCCGCAUUCUUGUCUAUCCUAGCUUGAUUUUGUCAUGUAGCACAUGAACCCCAAACUCCUGUUUUCACCUCGAAAACACCGCUCAAGAGUUCACCAAAAACAGUAUGCAUACAAAAUACAGGCUAUGAUAUUCACGAUGGGAGGACAUGUUUGGGCCCCACAACUCGUGCUCAAAGCUUGACUCCCAAAGUCAAGGUCACAUGCAUUUCUAGUCAUUCUUAUCAUGUGGGGCUCAAACAUGGUGUGUUACUCGCCAUUAGGUUGUCUUGUCGUAUCAUGCGGUUAAUGGCGUCGUUAGUCUGCAUCAGUUGCCGCUCAAGUUAUCUUUUUGGUUGUCGUUCUUUAAUGUGUGUGGCGCACUCCUGACCGACCGACCAACCUUGGAUCUCCUGCUUGGCCUCCCCGGAUGACACGUUGGAUCCGAGGUUUGCUUCUUAAUCGACUCAUUGACGCGUAUGAUCAGUGUCCAUGUUUCUUUUCUCAGUAACUUAGCAUUCUGGGUAAGAUAAGAUACGUUUGUAGGGUUAUUUCGACAGUAGUACAGCACGUCACGUCUUGCCGACUCCCGAUGUAAACAAUUUGGGCAUCAUAGCCCUGCCAGUAAUGACAAUACUAUGUGUAGGAACAUUUGUUAGAUUCAGUUCCUAUUUAAAGUGAAUAAAUUCAGUUUGGUAUCCAAA